UAUACUGCGUGCUCUUGACAGCGCAAUCGGCCUCUGAAAAAUUCCAACGAUAUUAUUUUGUUACAAACAUAAUUUCACGACCUUUAAAACAAGUGUAGAGUGAACAUAAUAUAAAAUGCAGCAAUUAACCAUAUUUAUGGACAUAGAGAGUUCUCGUUCAUAUAUCGACGAGUUGUACUCCACCGAUGGCGGGAAGAUCGUGGAAGCGCUGGUGACGUUGAAGAACACAGUGAUCGGGAGUAACCGGCAGAAGAGUUCCGUGAUCCAGCAAGGGAUCGUGCCGCGCUUACUGCAACUCAUGGCAGACGAGUCCCUGGAUCCAAACAUACGGGUGGAGGCUACAAUCACUAUCGGUUCCUUAGCAAAAGGCACAGCAGAAAACGUUGCUUCACUUGUCGAGCAAGGCACAGCAACAGUACUAGUGGAGUUACUGAAGACCGUCCCUGUGGACUCAAAGCUGGCCGAGGCAGUACUAUGUGCCCUGAGGAGUGUGUUCCUUUACCCACCUGCACCAGUGGCAGCCUUGCCGGCAGAUAUGAGGCUUCUGACCAGGUUGACACAGAUAGCCCGCGAAGGCUCAGACCUCGCUCGGGGCUGCGUAGUCCGGGUCCUCUCCCUCUGGUGCAUGGGCACAGCAGAGCAAGAAGCCCUGUGCGCCGCCGGAGCGUGCGGAGCCGCGGCUGCCUUACUACACUCCGCCCCACCCAGAGCGUUGCCCGCGCUUGAUCUGCUAGCCGCUAUGUGCUUUGAGAAUGCUAAUGUUUCACAGCAAGCUAUGAACACUAGAUAUAAUGAACGAGCAAUACCAGAACUCCUCACAUAUCUGGUGUCAAGAGACAAGCCGUUACCAGUUGCCAUGGGAGCCGCCCGCUGUCUCACAUACAUGCACAGGGCCUGCGCACUCACUGCCGACGACAGUAGUAUUUGUUUUGGAGCGUUGCCGUGUCUCGCGCGACUCUGCACAAAAGAAAUGCCGGAAGAGAUUAGAGCCACGGCGGCGGAAACAUUAGCAUACCUAGCAGAAGUAGACACCUCAUUACAAAGGCUAGCAGCCAUAUCCAACCACCUCAUGAGCUCUCUAGCGGACAUAGUCAACUGCAACAGCGCGGCGGCCAAACAGGGCGCGUUCAAAUGCUUCGCGUCUCUCGGAGCGAAUGAUGAAGAUAUCAGGAAGAGGAUCAUUGAGACACAUGGCCUUAUGGUCCAUGUGGUUAAUGGAAUGAAUAACCCGGAGCCAGCUGUGCGGCUAGCGGCAGUCAGGUGUUUACACUCCCUCUCGAGAUCUGUUCAGCAACUACGGACAACAUUUCAGGACCAUGCAGUGUGGAGACCUCUUAUGCAACUGUUAAGUGACUCUCCCGGCACCGAACUGCUGACCGUCGGUUCGUCCACUCUCUGCAAUUUGCUGCUAGAAUUCUCACCCGCCAAGGAACCUAUGUUGGAUCAAGGUGCUGUAGAAAUGUUGUGCAACCUGACAAAAAGGCCGGAAGCUGCUUUAAGACUGAAUGGUAUUUGGGCGUUGAUGAAUAUGGCUUUCCAGGCUGAGCAAAAAGUGAAGCAACGGAUCUUAUCCUGUCUCGGCACGGAGCAGAUGUUCCGAUUACUGAGCGACGCGGACACGCGAGUUAUAAUGAAAACGUUGGGUUUGCUCCGAAACUUGUUGUCCACGAGGCAACACAUUGACGCUAUUAUGAGCGAGUACUCGUCACAAGUUAUGCAGGCGGUAAUAGUAGUACUGGAAGGUUCUUACCCCGCCGAAGUGAAGGAGCAAGCGCUGUGUAUACUCGGCAAUAUCGGAGACGGCGAGAAGGCCAAAGAUCUAAUUAUGGCCAACGAGGAUGUACUGAGGAAGCUGGUUGACUACCUGGCGCACCCGGAGAGCAAGCUUCAAGAAGCGGCCCUAUUCGUGGCCGGCAACCUGGUGUGGCGCGGGGAAGCUGGCGCGGCCGCUCGGCAAGCGCGCCUGGCGUCGCUCGGCGUGCUGCGAGCGCUGCAACUUCUGCGCGCGCGCCGCGACCACCAGCUGCACGACAAAGUGAAGACGGCCCUAGCUCAGUUCAGCGAUUUCACAUAAUACCGCCGCAGCCCGAGGCGCAAGCGCCCGCGACUCGAGUAACCCGAGUCUCGGGUCUCCCGAGUCUCGAGUCUAGCCGCGAGUCCCGCGCCGAAGGUCCACAUGUGAUAGUCCACGGACAGUGAGUUUUCCAGUCAUAAACUAAAUUAGUUCUCAACAUUAAUGUAAGCUAAAGUAACGACGUUAAACACUAAGAAUUUCGUUCAUUGACCCCGACUGUUCCUAUAUCCAUCGCACAUGCUCAUAGUUAUAUUUACUCUCCCACUCACGCUGUGCUAUUGAGCAAAAGGAUCUCCUUUUCUCAGCUGUAUAAGUGCGCGCGUGUGACAAAGAUAGAAAUAGAGGUCAAUGUACGAAGUUAUUAGUGGUUAGCGUCUUUACAAAAUAGGACUUGUAGGUUAGGUUUAAUGUACAUAGCUAAGUUCGCUUAAUUGUUAUCUCGUCUUAUGAAACGUUAUUGACUAUUUAUUUUUAAUAUAAUAAUGACAUUGAAUGUCUACUCGGACUCGAUUCAUUGCUAACGUGUUGAAAAUUAAAUUAAAUUUAUUGACCUGAAAAUUGAUUGGUUAAUUCAAACGGUUUUUUUAAACUGCUUGGAAUAUCGGAAUUUUCACGUGUCAAAAAUAAACGCUUUGAAAAUUAUACUAAAUUGAAUUUUUAAUAUUUUGAAACUAAAUGUUGUUUUCAACGAUCGAGGUGCUCAACCCUCGCACUUUAUAGGCUGGGGCGUACAUAUAAUUGUCAGUAAAAAAUAAACUUAUGUUCAUUUUAUGUGCAGAUUUUCUCCAAAUACUUUUUUUUUGUCAGCAUCCUUUUUUACAUUUAUGAUUGUAUAGUUUAUCCUCGUAAGGCCCAGGCAAAUUUUCCGAUGUUUGAUUUGGAACUUUUUUAUUUCUGUGGAAAAUACAAUUAGAUUUUUAAAUUCAAAACUCGAAUAUAAUUUCUACUUUUACAAGUACAGUCAACCAAUUGGAACCCUAGGCCACUCUACAACCAUGUCAAAAUGACAAGCUGUAUGAGAUUUCUUACAAUCUGAUUUAUAUCGCCACUAUGACAUAGUUCUACAGUGGCCUAGGGUUGACUGCGACUGUACACCGACUUUAUGCUUUUUAGAAUUUUUACUGGCUUUUCUUUGGCUCCGGCCUCAAAUUUAGUGAAGUAGAAGUAGUAAAACUACAAUAGUGUAAUUUUUUAUCAACUUAGGUACUGUUGGCUAUUGGAUAAUGCAAGUGACUGUAGUUUGGGUAGCUUUUGAUAACGUGAGUUUGUCUAUACGACUGUACUAAACUUUUCUAGGUGUAUAACAUCCUUCAAGGUAUAAAAGUUUGAGAAAAUGUACAAAACUCGAAUAAUACGACAAUUGCAUGAAAGACUAAUUCUAGUACUGGUGAAGAAUGUAUAGGUGAGGUGAUAUUCUCUUUGUGAGUCCAGACAAUUGAUAAUAAUUCGCAACUCUAAGGAAUGUGAGGCGGGGCUCAAAGUUUCAGUAAUUUCAAUCAUAAAUGCACAUGGGGCGUAAGUUAAAUAUUGCAAACGAGAUAGUUAAAUCGCGAUGGCCUGACGCAGGGAUUUAAAGAAUUGAAUUAGCGAUAUUAUUUCGCUCUUACAAUGUUUUUCACCACUCUUGCAAUAAAAUAUGUUGUAAAAAAAAAAAAAAAUGGUACUAGAAUUUCAUAACCCCGUAAGGAUGAAGCAUUCUAACUUUCACUACAUGUGCCUGAAUUGUUCACUUACUGAGCAAGUGUGAUGAGGUUUUUUUUCCUUCCGCGGAUCUUUUAGUCCCGCCUAAAGUGAGAAUUUCUUUUUUUUUUUGCCAUUUUUUUAUUUUGA